GAACAGAUAGAAAUUAUGAAAUAUUAUAUAUUUUUUUUGUUUAUACAAGUUAUAUUCACAGUUAAUUUGGAAUCUGCCAAGUUUUCCGAUGUAAAAAUAUUUUCGACUUCUCCAAUUGGUCCAUACAAGUUAGUUUUCAAACAGAUUUAUAGUGCCAAUUCUACGAAGAAUAAUAAAUUGCAGUACAACUUUUAUUUAAGUCAUAAGGACAAUAAAACAACUGUUUUUGGAAAUAUAACCACGAAUAUUCCUUUGGACGACACUUUAUUUGUAGGCGUUAAAAUUGCUGUCAAAGAUUCAUCCGGAAGAUGGAAAGAGAAUUCGUUAAUGCAGAAAUGGCAAAAUGCAUGCUCUACUUUAAAACAAUUUGCCGGAAACGCGUGGUCUACGUUUUUGUAUGGAUUUGGAGUUAAUCAUACUAAUUGCCCUAUACCCAAGGGAUUUUAUAUAGCCCCUGGUGUAGAUACUUCAAUAUUAAAGAACUCCAAUCUACCAAAAACAUUUUUGUAUGGUACAUACAAAGUUCACAUUUAUUUGUCGCAACAAAAUGAAAUAGUUGGUGGUCAAGUUGUCAUUGUAGAAUUAAAGCGUCCUUGAAAUUUGAAUUAUUCACAUACACUCAGAAUAAUAUUAUAAAAAUCUGAAAAAAAAAAACAGUUUUCGUAUGCAAUUUAACGAGACAAUCACUGAUCAAGAGAUAAAUGACUUGCAACUAUCCUACAGAGUGACAUUUUUGUAUCCAUGUUAUCUACUUUCCAUAUAAUUUCAAUUUGUUUAAUGAAUAAACUUAUAAUUCACAAUAGUAUACUUUUGCUCUAGUCAAAAAAUAUUAAAAAACA